UGGUUGAAACAAUGGGUGAAGUACCUUCUUCCAUCAGUCAAUAAGGGAAUCUCUGUAAUUUAUACUGUUUAAUCAAUUCAUAUUUCAUGUGUAAUCAUCAGUGAAAUAGAACAGAUAGUAUAUAUAUGUUGCAAUACUUAUUGUAAAUAUUGAAUUUUGAUAUUAAUCGUAACGUUUGAAGUUAACCUCUUCGCAAUUUUCGUAUUCUGUUACAAGUGGAAAAAAAUGGGAUUUCAAGAUUCGGUGCAGUACAUAUUAUUCACUAACCCAAUCGCUACUACUGCAAAAUCGUAUGUUUGGGAUUCGACUGCAUCGCUAUUAGGUUUUGCGAAACCUCGCUCUGUAGAAUUAAGAAUGGCACCACAAAUACCUUUAUGGAAAUUAGCUAGAGCUACAGGACCAUACGUAAGACUUGCUGCUCUUAGUGGAGCAGCAGCUGUGGCAAUUGGAGCUUAUGGCUCUCACAAGAAAUAUGCAGAGGAUAUGCAACACGAACAAAAAGUUUUUGAAACUGCAAGCAAAUACCAUUUUGUUCACACAUUAGCAUUAUUGGGUUUACCUCUAUGUAGAAAGCCAUUUUUGGCUGCAACAUUCUUUAUGUCUGGAAUAGCAUUAUUCUGUGGAACGUGCUACUAUUCUGCAUUUACGGGUGAUAAACAAUUUAAUAGAAUAACACCAGUAGGUGGUUUUUGUUUUAUAUUCGGAUGGUUGAUUAUGUGCAUAUAAAUUUUUCAAGAAAUAUAAGAACCUUUGUAUGAAAAUGAAGAAAAAAACAGAAUAAUAUAAAUAAUAAACGGAUUCUGCAACUAUUAUACCAACAUCAUAAAAAAAUGUUAUUGUCAAUGUAUUGUUGUCUCGAAAUAAAUUAUCUUCCGAUGA